AUGGGAACCAGUAACUCAAAACAAAAGAUUGAUACGCUCGAACAGCAACAACAAGCACUUAUGAAACAGAAUGCUGAAUUGGCAAAACGUCUGACUGAACAAGAAGAAGCAAAUAAACGGCAACAUGAAGCAACAAUUGAACAGAUGGCCCGACUUUUAUUAGCCCUUGCACAAUCAAAAAAUAAUGAAACAGUUAUACGUGAUGAAAAAGGAGAAAUUGAAAUUGAAGGUACUACAUAUGAAAUCGUUCAAUUCGUAAAUCGAGGUGGUUUCGGUGAAAUUUAUAAAGCAAAAGUUAAAAAUAAAAAUAUGAUGGUUGCUAUUAAAGUCAUGGAAAACACACCCGGUAUACAAGAAGAAAUCAGAAAUGAAAUUAACUUUUUACGUUUAACUAAACAAAUUCCUAUUGAUAAUCAUCCUAUUAUCGAAUUUUAUGGUAGUAAAUUAACGAAAGAAGGUAUUUUUAUUGCAAUGGAAUUAGCUGCUUGUGAUCUUGUUACAUUUUGGCUCAAUAAAGUAUCCGAAGGAGAUGCUCAAGAUAUCAUUGUUAGUGGUAUAAUUAUUAUUAUUUAUGUAUUACGUGCAUUAGCAUUUCUCGAAAAAUUAAGUAUUAUUCAUGGUGAUAUAAAACCACAAAAUCUUGUUAUUGUUCCGAGUGAACAAGGUUUUUGUAUUAAAUUAAUUGAUUUUGGUACAGUCGAAAAAAUGAACACUUUACGUGCUCAUCUUACAGUCGAUGCUACCAAGUCUCAUACUUUAUAUUUUGCUUCACCAGAAUUUUUACAUCGUAAUUCAAAAAAUAUUAUGUCAAGACGUCUACAUAAAAAAUCGGAUGCAUGGGCAGCUGGUGUUAUGUUUUAUCUUUUAUUUUGUGGUGGAUUACCAUGGAAAGAUCAAUAUGAAUAUGAAAAUUUUUGUAAUGAUAAGGAUGCAAAAGAUGUUGCAGUACCAGAAGAUGGUGGCUAUAAAAUGAUUAUUGAACUUUUAUUAAAAAAGAAUCCUGAUGAUCGUUCGAGUGCUAAAGACACACUUAUGCAAUUAAAAGCACAUCCGGUAUUCGGAAAGAUUGUCGAGUCACUGGAUAAAAAUUUUUGCCCUGUUGAUGACGUAUGUUAUACGAAGGUACCUAAUGAUGUUCGACAAGGGUUAGUUCAACUCGCACGGCCUGGACAUUAUGCUGGUGGAUCAGAUCGAUCAUCAACUAGAGAUACAUGUAAUGAUGAUCCCAAUCAUCGAAAAAAAUUUGCACAUCCGAAUAAAACAAAACGUGAUCAUGUUGGCAAGGAAAAAUGCCGCUUUGAUAAGGCCUGUACAAAGAGAAACGAUCGAGAUCAUAUGAAAAAAUACUCACAUGAUUGA